AACUUCCGGCGUGAGCGGCGAAAGCCGGGAGGGCGAGCGAGAGAGGGAGCAGGCAGCAGGUACGGGCAGCGGGCGGGCGGACGGACGGCACGAGGGGAGGGAGCGAGAGAGCCGUGAGUGAGCCAGCGAGGGCGGUCGCGUCCCGAAAGCAGCCGAUAUUCCCGCCUACCUCUGACCCCCUCCCCGGAGCCCACAGCGCCUCCGGUCUCCAGCGGAGCGGACACGGCCCGGCCCGGCCAUGGCCUCGUUGCUGAAGGUGGAUCAGGAAGUGAAGCUCAAGGUUGAUUCUUUCAGGGAACGGAUCACAAGUGAGGCAGAAGACUUGGUGGCAAAUUUUUUCCCAAAGAAAUUGUUAGAACUUGAUAGUUUUUUGAAGGAACCAAUCCUAAACAUCCAUGACCUAACUCAGAUCCACUCAGACAUGAAUCUCCCAGUCCCUGAUCCCAUUCUUCUCACCAAUAGCCAUGAUGGACUGGACGGUCCCACUUACAAGAAGCGAAGAUUGGAUGAAUGUGAAGAGGCCUUCCAGGGAACCAAGGUGUUCGUGAUGCCCAACGGGAUGCUAAAAAGCAACCAGCAGCUGGUGGACAUUAUUGAAAAAGUGAAGCCUGAGAUCCGGCUGCUGAUCGAGAAAUGCAACACGGUCAAAAUGUGGGUACAACUCCUGAUUCCUAGGAUAGAGGAUGGGAACAACUUUGGGGUGUCCAUUCAGGAGGAGACAGUCGCAGAGCUAAGAACUGUUGAGAGUGAAGCUGCAUCUUAUCUGGACCAGAUAUCUAGAUAUUAUAUUACAAGAGCCAAAUUGGUUUCUAAAAUAGCUAAAUAUCCCCAUGUGGAGGACUAUCGCCGCACCGUGACAGAGAUUGAUGAGAAAGAAUAUAUCAGCCUUCGGCUCAUCAUAUCAGAGCUAAGGAAUCAAUAUGUCACUCUACAUGACAUGAUCCUGAAAAAUAUCGAGAAGAUCAAACGGCCCCGGAGCAGCAAUGCAGAGACACUGUACUGAGGCCAGGGCCAGGGCCAGGGGACUCUGUGAGUCUGGCUCAAGACCGACAUUGCCUUGGUUUGUUACAUGACUAUCGUGAUGGGGAAACUGGCUGGAAGUAGUAAUCACACCUCUCUCUGUUUUUAGUUAGAGUCUAAUGAAACUCUCAUGUAGUUCUGUGACGUGUUUACCUCUUUUUUCAGGCCUCAGGAACUCUUCUAUUUCCUUCCCUAAUACCCCACGCCACCCGUCCUAAUUUCUGGAGACAUCCAGAUUUGUGUACACAGGAUGUUGGCACAAGAAUACUUGUGUUUUUUCUCCCUGGCUCCCUCCUGUGUCUUGGGCUUUGUAUUUCCCCUCUUGAUGAUUAGUUGGUUAGAAGCUGAGGGAACUGGAAGGAGAGUGCUAGGUGUUUUGUAGGAACUGGGGCGGAGUGCGGGGGGGACCAGCUCAUUUCUUCCUGUUGGGAGGUUAAUGUCCCUGGACAAUGUGGGACGUUGCAUCCUCCCUGCCACAGUCGCCCUGGUGAUGACUUCGGGUUUCCCAUCUAUAUACAUUGCACCUUGAACCUGAUCAUGACAAGAAACACCUUAGACCUUCUGUCAAGUCUCUAGCUGCUUCAGAUGUUUUUAUAACUAGGAUUUUCACAUACACAUAUGUGCGUGAUAUACACACACGUACACACAUGCAGCACAUACAUGCCUUCCUACUCUGUUACUUGAUGCCCUCCCCUCCCCCCAGCCCUGCCCACCCCCCAAACCCUGUCUCUGUGUCACACACACACACACACACACACGCACACACACACACACACACACACACGCACACACACACUCAGAAGGUGUUAGGUGUCUUAGUCCUCAUCCACCAGGGCCCAUUGUCUCCUGAUAUUGUAGCCUCUUGGUGCCCGAGGCUGGUGAGUUGGAGGACAACUGAAAGAUGAGAAGCAGGGGUAAUGGGUUCCCCUUCCUCUGUGACUCGGGUCCUUUGGGGCAUUUUUGCAAAGGCUGGUCCUCUGAAUCCCGGUUUCCUCUUCCCGGGCCAGUUGUAAAUUGGGGUGGGGGUCUCUGCAGCUGUGAGGCCAGAUGCUGCUGCUCCUACUGGGUUUUCCCUUUGGGAAAAAAUGUUUUCUUAUUUAUAGUAUUGUGCUUCCAGGGAAAGCGGUCACUUGUGUGUAUAUGUGUGUGCAUGCACACACAUGCAUGUACACAUUGUGUGUAUGUGGAAAUCUGCUGGGCAAGUCAAAACCAUAGAAGAGUUGCCUCUUAUCUCAUCUUCCAGAGAUGUCACUUGUUACAGCUUUUGUGUUAACCCUCAUCAACCCCCACUUUUAUUCUCCCACUACUGGAGAGUCUGCUGGUGAUUCUCUGUGUCUGUUUCUGACUUGUAUUCUACCCCCGUCUCUGUCUUCCAACCCCCAAUCAUAUUUCCAUCUGGAUGCAUCAUUUUUCCUCCCAGUAUGCUAUAGAGAAGGAGUUAGGAUGCUGUCUUCCCAUGAAUAGUACUCAGUAACAAACUAACUGCAUUUUAGUUGGGCAAUGCCCCUACCCACCCUUAGACCCCUUCCAGCUAAAACCGUUCCGUCCGCCCACCAUGUGUUUCUCAGUUUCCCUUUUUUGUUGGAUUGUUCCCAUGUCCCUCCUCCUCACCACCCUUGGAUCGUAAUGUAAAAUUCUUUUACCGUGUCAAGAAAUUAUUAAAAAUACAGGUACUUUGACCUCUUUCUAAAGCUGCAGACCCUGAUGCGAUGCUCUGGUGGCCUGGGACAUACCCACGCUUACAUGUGUGCACAUUGGGACACCCACCUCCGCAUAUACCUCCAGCCACCCUAUUGGGUGUCUUUAUACCAACUGAGCUGCCUCUUUUCUCUGGAAUAAUGGAAAGGCUGAGGCUUCUGCCUACCAAGAGGCAAGGGUGGGUCCUUCAUUUGUCUUCAGUCUGAAUUAAAUGAAAGUUAGCUCUUCCCAAACCUAAGCUGCCUUCUACCCUCACAAGAUCCCAGCUCCUUCCUUCCUUCCUUCCUUCCUUCCUUCCUUCCUUCCUUCCCUCCUUCCUUCCUUCCUUCCCUCCCUCCUUCCCUCCCUAGUGAUGCCCAUGAACUGCCAGUAGGGGCUGCUCUAGUUCCGUCUGUGGGGAAUCACCUGGUUCAAGGCACACCCGAUCCCGUCAUUUUCUUUGCUCUAUACUAAAAGUUCCUUCUGAAUAAUGUCUUAAGUUUCUUGCGGAGAUGCCAGGGACUCCUGGUUUUUGGUUUUCAAAUGAAUUGGAGGGCUACCUAGCACCUUAGCUCCCUCUGAAAUAAAGUUUCCUUAACUUCCACCUUGCA